UGUAAAAUGGAACUCUACAAGUUCUUGCUAUGGCAAACACUUAUCCUGCUUAAAAUUGUGCAUCCAUCAUUUGAAAUUAACUACGAGUAUGUUUUCUUAGACGAAAAUGUGUUUAAUAGUUGUCCAGAUCCACCGCCAGGAUUUUCAGACGUGCAUAAACUGUUCGAUUUAUCGGAACUGAACUCUGAAAUAAAACCAGAUGGGCUUCACAUUAGCGGAAAUAUAAGCACUGUGUGGGAUGUACAGCCAACGGAUCGCAUUGAGGGGCGACUUAGUGUCUUACACUUGGAUCGUGGAUCUUGGCAACCGACCAUUCUAAAUAUUUGGUGCUACGAUUUCUGCAAAAUUUUUAACGAUCAGAAACAAGUUUGGUAUAAUAGUUUUGUAAAAUAUAUUUUAAAUAAAAAUGAUACAGAAAAAUGUUUCAACAAUAAAGGGACAGUAUAUUAUGUGGAGCCAUAUGUUAUGAACGCUAUAUUCAGCGCGGGCAUGAGGCCUCCUUCUGGACUAAACCGGAUUGUGUUUACCUUGUCGGCGGUUGAUGAGAAUAAUGUUAAACGACCAAAUGGAAUUUGCUUCGAGAUAACGGGUGAAUUCGUUAGGCAAACCUAAUACGAAAAACUCGCAUCCUGAAACUACUUACAAUUACUUAUUGAUCAAAGUGUUCUUAUACCAGAGCAAUUAUUU